CCUGCCCACGGAGCUCCCGCCUAUAACCCUUAGGGUCCAAAUAUCUGUCUGGGCAAAGCCCACAUGUUCGGUUUCCUGCUGAUGCCACACAGUGCAUCCCAAAGCAGCACAGACUCGGGCUUCAGAGAUGAUCACACCAUGGGACAAACUUCCUGGUUGGCUGAAUGUGGUGGCCUUUGGGCUUCUGUUUCUCCUCCGAGUGCAAGGUGAAGACUCAGCCAGCCCCAUUAGGACUACACACACAGGACUGGUGCAGGGAAGACUUGUCCACUUGAAUGACACCAGAGAGGCUGUCCACACCUUCCUGGGAAUCCCUUUUGCCAAGCCACCUCUAGGAAAGCUGAGAUUUGCACCCCCUGAGGCUCCCGAACCAUGGAGUGGUGUGAGAGAUGGGACCUCCUACCCACCUAGGUGCUUACAAAAUUCUGAAACAGAGAAUGUAAAGAGUCUGGCAAUGAUGAAACUCAGUGUGACUCCCAUCUCUACAUCGGAGGACUGCCUGUAUCUCAACAUCUACACACCAGCUCAUGCCCUUGAGGGCUCUAACCUGCCUGUGAUGGUAUGGAUCCAUGGUGGUGGACUAGUAACGGGCAUGGCUUCUGUGUAUAAUGGAUCCAUGCUGGCAGCCCUUGAGGAUGUGGUGGUGGUCACUAUCCAGUACCGUCUGGGUAUCCUAGGCUUCUUCAGCACUGGAGAUCAACAUGCCAGAGGCAACUGGGGCUACCUUGACCAAGUGGCCGCCCUACGCUGGGUCAGGCAGAAUAUCGCCAAUUUUGGAGGCAACCCUGACUGUGUCACCAUUUUUGGACAGUCUGCAGGAGGCACAAGUGUGUCUUCACAUGUUCUAUCCCCCAUGUCCCAAGGACUCUUCCACAGAGCCAUCAUGGAGAGUGGGGUGGCCCUGGUUCCUGUACUGAUCUCCAACACUUCUGACAUGGUCUACACAACAGUAGCCAACUUAUCUGAUUGUGAGGCUGUGGACUCAGAGACCCUGGUGCACUGUCUGAGAAACAAGAGUGAAGAGGAGAUUCUGACUAUUAACAAGGUCUUCAAGGCGAUCCCUGCUGUGGUGGACGGAGAGUUCCUACCCAAACAUCCACAAGAGUUGUUGGCUUCUGUGGAUUAUUACCCUGUCCCCAGCAUCAUUGGUGUCAACAAUGACGAAUAUGGCUGGAUUAUCCCCUUGACCACAGGGACUGCUCAAACAAUAAAGAACAUAACCAGAGAGACCUUGCAGGCUGUUCUGAAGAGCACAGCAGCAAAGUUGAUGUUACCUCCUGAGUGUAGUGAUCUGCUAAUGGAAGAAUACAUGGGGGACACUGAAGACACCCAGACCCUCCAAAUGCAGUUCAAGGAAAUUAUGGGGGAUUUCCUUGUCAUUAUCCCUGCACUCCAAGUUGCAAAUUUUCAAAAUUCCCAUGCCCCUAUCUACUUUUAUGAGUUCUGUCAUGACACCAACUUCUUCAAAGAAGUCAGACCACCCCAUGUGAAAGCUGACCAUGGCGAUGAAGUUCCCUUUGUUUUUGGGUCUUCCUUCUGGGGCAUAAAAUCUGACUUCAGCAAGGAAGAGGAACUGCUGAGUAGGAGGAUGAUGAAGUACUGGACUAACUUUGCACGACAUGGGAACCCCAACAGUGAGGGUCUACCCUACUGGCCUGUGUUUGAUGACAAUGAGCAAUACCUGAAGCUGGAUAUCCUGCCCUCAGUGGACCAAGCCCUGAAGGCCAGAAGGCUACAGUUCUGGACCACUACUCUGCCAAAAAUGGUCCAGGUAAAGAGGGCUCAGGAGAAUCACUCAGAGUUGUAG